AUGGUUGUGAAUGAAUUCUCGUUCGAAGAUGGCACACAGACACGUGUCUGUCUUAUCACAUUUGCUAAUAAUGCACGAUAUGAAUUGCAUUUGAGAAACAACCGUGACAAGGAAACUAUUAUGGCAAAUGUUCUAAAAGUGCCAUGGAGCAACGGUGAAACGAUGACGAACAAAGGUCUAGAUGCUGCUCGAGCUGAGCUUCGUCGCGGUCAUGGAAAUGAUGUAGCAAUUGUGUUAACAGAUGGACGGUCGACUGAACCAGACUGGACAAAAAGCGCAGCACAUAGUUUGCACAGGGGCGGCGUUGAGACCUUUGUCGUAGGAAUUGGUAACAACGUGGAUAAUAAUGAAUUAAAGAUCAUUGCUUCUGAUGACGACCAUGUGUUCAAAGUUGCCUCAUUCGACCAGCUGGCACAGAUCCAUCGAAAUGUUGUCGACAAAAUCUGCGUAGCUGCUAACAGGGUAACAACAACAACAUCAACCACGACCACUACAACAACGACGACAACUACUACACUGCCGCCUACCACAACAAAAGCAGGUCAGUUUGACCAUUGA